AUGAAGGUUCUGGGAAUAGCUGUUUUUGGGCUUGGCCUAGUUUUAAUCAAAUUUGCUUGUUUGUGUAAUGGUGAGUUGCAGGUUGGUUAUUACAAGGGAAAAUGUCCCCACAAUCGUACAGAUGUGGAGGCCAUUGUCAGAAAUUCUGUAAACUCACAAUUUGGGUUAAAUCCAGCAAUCAUACCACAACUCAUACGCCUCCAAUUCCAUGAUUGUUUUGUGAGGGGAUGUGAUGCAUCAAUACUCCUAGAUGGCAAUUCAACAGAGAAGACUGCAUCUACAAACGAAAACGUGUUGGGUUUUGAUGUCAUUGAUCGCAAAAAAUCCGCUGUGGAAGCCCAAUGCCCUGGUGUUGUCUCUUGUGCUGAUAUAAUUAUCAUGGCUACUAGAGAAGUUGUAUCCUUGGUAAGCUGCUUAUUUGGUUUUCUUUUACUAUGUAGCUCACAGGUAAAAGAUCUUGGAGUGCUUAUUUCUGUUUGA